AUGCAAGGAGAUCGUGAUACUCUUGACAAUACUCACCACCAGCCAGCCACUCAAAACCAUCAUAAAGCAACCCCAGUAGACACCACAUCAUCCUCACAAUACUUUGACUCUACACAAAUUGAAGAUGUUGGGCCGCCAACAGGCAAGCUUUCUGGAACUGCGUUGGAGUGGCGACGCAGGCAACCAUCACUGGAUCCUUGCCAUAAAGCUGCAAGCAGAGACAGGGCGAAGAAAGCAACGAGCUGUGAGUGCAUCAAGAGGUCUGUCUCUGCAUUCCAAGAUAGAGUCAAGAGUGCCUGUGUACCGGCGAGAGAACUUCAAUAG